AUGGCGGAACGAAACACUACCGCCCAUAAGGUAACGGGCGGCGACGUGGUGGCGAUCCUCCUAUAUAUUGCUGGAAGAAACUGCGCCCAGUUCUCGAGCGGGGAUUCAGGUCUCUCUAGAGAAUAUCUCCGAACAACUGGCCAAAUGCAACUCUCGAACAGAGGUUGCUUGAAUUUCGCAAUUGUACCGAUUGCGAACUUGAUGAUCUAGGCUAGUAGCCUGUCACCCGUUACGGUCCCCGAUCUCCGACCUAGUUGGUGGCUCUCAUACCUCUCUCUCCUUUCCCUUACGAUCGCUGUUUGAGUAGCCAAUACCACUCCUCCCCAGCUGCUAAUACCAUAUGAGGUGGCUAUUGAAGGUUCUAGAUCGAUGUUAGUUGAUUGAGAUAGAUUGUGGAGGUUUCGGGAGUCUGGAAGUGAGUUUAGAGGUUCAAUAGUUUGGUGUGGAGGUUCAGAGAUUGACAGGAGAUUCUCCGGACAUGUAUUUCCUUUGUUAUCACGGGAGUGUAUGGAGGAAAGGGUAGCAUGCUUGGAGAGAUACGGAUAGGUGUGGUUAUUCAUGGAAUGGUGAGGAUACAUUGUUUAUGUUUUACUUAUACACCUGUCUUUACCGUUAGUUUAGAGAAGUAACAAACGAAGUUGUUUUUCCUUA